GUGUUCAUCCGCCACUCCGUCGACCAGAUUGGGUGCUUGGCAGUCCCCGCGCCAUUAGCGCGUAACGAGGUACAGCUUGCUGCGGCAGAGACGCCAGAGGUGCAGCUUCAGCAGCAAUGGCAGUAACGGCGUUGGUGGCGCGGACGUGGCUUGGCGUGUGGGGCGUGAGGACCAUCCAAGCCCGAGGCUUCGGCUCGGAUCAGUCCGAGAAUGUCGACCGGGGCGCGGGCGCCAUCCGGGAAGCCGGUGGGGCCUUCGGAAAGAGAGAGCAGGCUGAAGAGGAACGAUAUUUCCGAACACAGAGUAGAGAACAACUGGCAGCUUUGAAAAAACACCAUGAAGAAGAAAUUGUUCAUCAUAAGAAGGAGAUUGAGCGUCUGCAGAAAGAAAUUGAGCGGCAUAAACAGAAGAUCAAAACGCUAAAGCAUGAUGAUUAAGUGCACACAGUUCCCCAUAGAAUGGCACAUGUCACUGCCCACUUCUGUGUAGACAUGGUUCUGGUUUAAUUAAUAUUUGUCUGUGUGCUACCAACAGAUUAUAAUAAAUUGUCAGCAGUGAA